GCAUGGCGGGGCCCGGCGGCGCGGCGGGGCCGGCGGCGGUCCGGGAGCUGCUGGACGUGAGACCCCGACCAGGGCUGGAAGACAUUUUGCUGAUUAAUUCAAAAUGUAGCAGCAAGAAGGCCACAACUUUACAGACGGUUAAGGUGCCAAGGAGCAAUGUUUUGGACCAAGUACAGAGCUUUUUACCACAGAUGGCCCAGGCAAAUGAUGAGCUCAAAAGAAAAAUGGUAACAGCACCCACUCAUCAGUUUGAUAUUGAACAUCUAGACAGUGAAACAGAAGAAGUUAUAGAAAUGAAUGUGGCUGUAGUUGAACUGAGUGAUUCUGAUACAGAUGAAGAAUUGCUGACUUCAGAAGAUGACUCAGAAUCUGAUGAAGAUGACUCUGUAACUGAUGAAGUGACAGCAGACAACAUUAAGUUUCCUAAACAAAAGGGAGAAAAGGGCAAAAUAGAAAUUUUGGACAGCAAAGCAAACGAGUAAAUCCACUUUAUUUUACUUUUAAAAACCCCAAACCAACCAAAUAAUGUUUUUUCACUUCGAAGAGUUGUCCUUUAAAACCACUUUGUUUCCCAGUGUAGGAUCUCUCAGUAUCCUGUGAAAUGCUAUAGUUUACAUGGUGGAGAAUUCAGGAUCCGCUUAUGGCUGGGGAAGGCUGGGUUUCUGAAGAAUGAAGUGCAAUUUUAUUCAUCAAAUAACAGGAAAAUGCACUUCAUAGUAGAUUACACCCAGAAAACAGCUAGAGUAAAGGGGCACUUGAAAAUUGAAAAUUCCUGUUCUGUUGCUUUGUUCUUUGUUGAAUAAAGAUUUUUUUUAUAGGAAGACAGAAGUUUUUGCUUCAGGGGCAAAAAAGAGUUAACUAGGAAAAAAGCUUUGUUUUCAUAUUCCAUGUACUGUGAAGUGUUAUGUACACUCUCUUCACUAUUAAACAUGAUCUUUAAAUACCCUAGAGGUAUGUCUACAUUGCGUUAAUGGCAGUGACUGCUCAACACUGGAGCCAUGGCUGAGCUCAUUUCCAGAUGAGCCAGCCUGGGUAAGGACAGCCAUGAGCAGAGAAUUCAGCAAAGGUUACUUAGUACUUAACCUGCGUGCCUGCACUGGGCUCCACACCAGCACAGGAGGCUUAGAGGCUCCUCUGGGAAACCUUUGUAGCUGUGGUGCAAACACCCUCCAUACUCAAAAGAUCAAGGCUGCCUCUGGGGUGUUAAGAUGGCUUUAAGCUACACAUCUCAUCCUCUGAUUUCCCUGCCAUGUUUCCAAUCUCCAUUUUGUUACUGACAGAAGGACAAAAAGGUGAAUUUUCUUAAUCGUGUCAAGCCUGUACUUAAGUUGGCUUGACACAAUUGUGAAACCAGAAUCAGUGAAAAUGUGUCCCAUUUUAUUUACCUCAGAUUGAUCAAGUACAAUGGUUUGGGUUAUUACAUUUACUUCAUAGAUCAGUCUGCAUUUCAGAAGAAUCUGUCAUGCUCCUGGAUGUCAUUGUUUCUUAAAGGAACAUUGUAUUUUCUACACCAUUAAAGUAAAAUUUUCUAUACUGUAUUUGCUCAAAUAUUAAACUUAAUGUCAUGACUCGAAA